CUAGCAUCCCAUCCAGGAGGGAGUAGCAAAACUCCUAGUUGAUUAAUGCUAUGGAAACCAGGAUAAGCUCCGACCGUAUGGACCACUUAGCCUAACAUGGACAUAAAUACAUGUAGUUUAACCUUGUGUGGGGCUGUGUUACUAAAGAGGGCAUCCAUGUUAAAUAGAUUGCCUCAGAGCAGGGUUCAAAUUGCUGUACAAAUAUCAAAACCAGCCUCUUGGUUAACGUUCUUUCAGAGAUCAGAUCCUGAUGAUGAAAACAAGCUCAAGCCUGGACUCAAGUUAGAACUACUGCAGAAAGACGACCCUCUCAGUUAUUGGGUCGUGUCUGUGGUCGACGCCUAUGGAUUGAGGCUCAGAUUACGUCUUGAAGGCUCUGAAGAUGAAGCCAGUGAUGUGUGGGCUUACUUCUUGUCAGAUAAUGUUCAUCAGCUUGGAUGGGGCAAGAAAAACAAACUGAGACUCAAUAUCCCUCUUGAGCUGAAAGCCAAGUAUCCAAAUAAGGACUGGGCACAAAUUCGAGGAAGACUUCUUGGUGUUUGCAAUUUGACUAACGAAGAUGAAUCACUCAACCAAGCACUGAACAAGUCAAGCAGUUUACCAAGACCUCACGGCUUUACAACAGGAUUAAAGCUUGAAGCUGUCAAUCCAAAUGAUCCCUCAUCCAUCUGUGCUGCUACUGUUUCCAAAGUUACGAGCGAGUACUUCUUCCAAGUAGAAAUUGACAGCAUGAUCACUUGUGGUGAUGGGAGCCGACCUUCCAUUUGGUGCAGUUCUAACUCUCGGAAUAUCUUCCCUGUGGGCUGGUGUAAGAAGAAUAACAUUCAGCUGACCCCUCCCCCAGGUAGGACAGUAUUUAAUGAUAAGCAUUCCUAUCAACUNUCAAACUCAUCAGCAGCCCCUGACUCGCUGUUCAACUUGGAAGUUCCAUCUCAUGAGUUUGACAUCGGUAUGAAGUUGGAAGCAGUGGACCAAACGGACCCAAGCACCAUGACAGUAGCGACAGUCACCCAGGUGGUCGGACGGACAAUGUGGGUUUUACUGGAUGGCUAUAAAAACGAUUCAGUGGAACACAUUUAUGAUGUGGAGUCGUAUGACUUGUACCCAGUCGGUUGGUGCAGUAUGAAUGGACAUCCCCUACUGACCCCACGAAUACAACGUCCUGUUGAAGAAAACAGGCGUCUUGCUUCAUUGAGAACUACAAGACAAAGAGAGAGCAAGAAAACAACUUCGGAUACCAGCGCUGCAGCCACACCAAGCGUUACAAACACUUUAUCAAGCAGAACUAAUGAUAUAGGUACCUCAAAUGCUACAGACACCUUAACGAGCUCAAUCAACACAACGCCGGUAUCAAAUGCACUCAGCGCAACAAAUACACAGGUUACAAAUCACUCACAAAGCCCAAGCGUCCACAAAGAGGACACUCCAGCAGAAGCUCAAAUGGACCUUGUUGCGGUCAAAGAGGAGAAAGAUGACGUACCCACAAAAAAGGCCCCGGCCACGGCCCCGGCCACUCCAAAAGGCAAGUACGAUCUGAGGCCCUCGACCCUCGUCCCUCGGGAUUAUGGGACCCAGUUGGACGACCCUAGUGAAGAUGGCGAGAAUGGGGAUAAAAAGAAAGUCGAAGCUGUGAUUGAUUUAACAGAGGAUGACGAAGAGGGUCCAAAGGUCACCAAACCUGUAAGCACGAAAACAACUCCGGCCACAGACGGUUCAGGAAUCUGUAUUUACGUGAAGAAAUCUUGUGAGCCUGGUCCAUUUCUAAAGCAAGCUAAGAUAGCUGGUAUACCUUCAGUCAUUGGUCCGGCUGGUCCGAACAUUGUCUUGAGACAACUUGUUGAACAAAUUGUGUUGAGCGCUCACUCGUCUAAAGAAGUUCUCAAGCUGCUCGCUUCUGAGACAGAUAAGAUGACAAUCGCUUCUAUCCUAAAGACUCUCAAAACCAAGCUCUCCUUAUGCGAGAAUCUCAUCAGCUUGAAUAAAGUAGCGCUUUGUGUACACUGUGAUGCCAAGAAAGUUCCUCUUUCACCACCGAGUUCAACAUCCCGGAAGACCAACGAAUCUACACAAACGCCAAGCAAAGCUACCCCACUUGAAAACAACAAACCAGCGUCACCUAAAAAGGUUGUCCCUAAAGAAGAUAGCCAACCCGCGGGUCCUCCCGCGAGGACACAUUCUCAAAAGAACAAUAAAUCAACGGGACAUCCCGCGAAAACUGGGAAAGCCCCCAAAGCUGCUGCUGUGGCGAAAAAAGCCCCUCCGGCGCCCUCAAGACCCGAACCCGCGGGAUCACCAGAAAUCGCGAGAUUACCCGAAACCGCGGGAUCGCCGGAACGAGCGGAAUCACCCGUUCUCCCAGCGUCGCGUUCAACGAAACACAUAACACAAUGGAGCGUUAGCGAAGUUGUAGAUUUUAUUAAGACAACGGACUGUUACAAGUUUGCAGGGGACUUCUUGAGACAGGAAAUCGACGGACGGGCUUUAACGUUACUCUCCCUUGACGAGAUUCACAAGUGUCUUGGGGUUACACUAGGGCCCGCCAUUAAACUUCACUUCACUGUACAGAAACUGAGAAAGAAAGAUCGAUAACAGUAACUGAUAUCCGCCUUGCUAGUCACAGACAAAGGUUCCUGCUUCCAGCCCUUCACAGAGCGGUACUGAAGAGCUGUAUGCUAAAUCAAGAGUGUUUCAUUGCGGGAAUAUCGAUUCUAAGAGUCGGUUAAACUGAGCCCGCUAUGCUCAACUUCCGGCCAGCAAGUUUGCCUUUAACAGGAAGUGGCCCUCAAAACUUCAAAGCCUGCAACUUAUAAAGGGUAGCCAGUUUCUUUCCUGAUUGGCCAUUCAACUUUAAAACAUCUGAGAAACACUUUGGAUUAGAUCAAUGCAUUGGCGAACUACGGAAGGAUUUAGCACUGUCUGGUUUUUAUUCCCCCUAUAUUUAAUGUUCGAUUUUCGUGUAACUGCAGCUACAAAACUCACCAGGAAACAAGAUUCUGGGUUCUAGGAACGGAGGAUGAACCUGAAGCUACCUUCCUACAGUCGGCGGUACUCGGGGUUGCAUUUUUUUAAGCUGGGAAUAAAAAGUACUUUGCCGGUUAACAUUUACGCUGCUCAAAUUGAGUGGUAGUUGCUGUGGUGAAACAUUUGGUGGGGAAGGCCUGGGGCGAGUGUUCUGUGUCCAGUUAUUUUAAGGGUUGACAUAUCUUCAGUGGAUUGAAUUAUCCGUCGUAACCAGUAACUCACGUCUGGCCGUGAAAAGUUCUCUGGUUUGUCUUCUGGUUUACCUUAGUUCUGUAUAUUUGACGCCUCAUCAGUUUUGCCUGCUUGCUCUGUUCUCAUGAGAGUUAUGAACUGCUUAAGAAAUAUGAAAUUUGCAAACUUAUUACUCGAAACUAUUUUAAUACUUGUACUAAGCGUUAUCUAUUGACGUUUUAUGAAGCGUGAAGGAGACUUAGCGUGUUGAAACUAUACGAUCUGAUCACAACUUAAAGGUUUUUAUAUUUUCUGUUGAUCAUUGUUAGAAUUAGAUAACUUGAAGUAUGCCUUUGUUCCCUUCUGUUCGUUGUGGACGAAGAGGGCGUAAAAGGUUUACUCCGGUUUGUUUAUCCACGUGUCUAUCUUUUUCCUGUUAUUUUUUUUCUUUUCUGCGCUUUUCGCCGAACAAACUUUGGGAAAAGAAGGCCUUUAUCUCGCAGCCUGUGCCAAGCUAUUCACAGUCUUUUUUUUUGUCUCAACUUGUGCUCUUCGUUCACAUUCGUCUAGCAGUAAGUGGAAUAGACUAAUAGUCCACUCUAGCAUUGCAGUGUAAUUUCUAUAUACGGCUAUUUAUGGACACGUUUUUCUUGGUGAUAAGAUACUGUUCUUGUUAGGGCCUUUCGUGAGUGACUGUGUUUUUAUUUCAAGUAGAAAUCGUAAGCUAAUCACUAUUGUUAUUUACUACUUGGAGCUGUCACGCAAACACUUACUCUUUUGUCCAAGUAACGCUUGUUCAAGUGUUGUUUUUAUGACCCAGAACACAACAUUGUGUCACGUAAACAUAUUCUCCUUGUACAUAACCGUGAGUUCGAAGUUUACUUCUUGGGCCAUCACUCAACACUGUUACAAACGCAGUGUUGCGUGACUGUAAUGUAAGUUAGUGUCACGUACGUACCAUUUUAUACAGCUCUCAAUGAGGCCUGUGUGGGAUAGAGUAUGCUUAAGUUUGAUAAUAUUCUAGCUUUAUAAAGCUUAUAGCUUCCUUUACAGCCGUCGUUUUAAUUAACUCUCACUUUCAUUAAUGCAUUUAUAAAAUGCAUUUUCGUCCUCGUGUAAUAUAGAUUUCGCCUGGCGUAAAGUCGCCUGAUUAGUUUGAUCAUCUUCUAACUAUGGUUUGAUGAGCAGCAAAGCUGUUAGUUCAGCCUCGUUCCUGGGCCCUUCUGAGCAGCCUGAAGACGAGGCUAACAGUAGCUUUGUUGGGUGUACUGCCUUUUUGUCGAUGAUUGUUAUAAUUUUAAGCGUUCACUCUCCAGUCAUUCUUCUAACUUCAUAUUUCUUUUUUUGCACACGGGAAACGUGCGUUUAGGAAUAUAGAGUUAGCUUUUUGUAUCAAUAACGUUUGGGAAUCAUGAAAUAACCCGGACUGCAUUUUUCAAAGUUCUAAUACAACAAGGACAAUAAAAAUGCGACACUUGAAGACAA